UCUACAUAAAACAUUAACAUCAAUGUUUACGUUUUAUGUUGGUUCUUUAAACGACAUUAAUGUAGCCGUAGAGAUAUAAUAGAUUUUAGAGUAGAAUCACGUAGAAUGACAAGAACCAGUCACAAGAAAAAUCGUCCGUUCGAUUUUAAGUUAAUAUCAUUGGUCCAACCGCAUCCAGUACUAUACCACCGGCAAUGGGGUGGACUUUCAACAUUCGAAUGCAUGAAAGAAAAAAAUCGAAUAUGGAGUACUAUUGCUUCAGAAAUGGGAACUACUCCUGGUUUUUGUCUCAGUCGUUGGAAUAAUCUGAGAAAUCAUUUCCAGAGGGAACUUCGCCAUUGUCACGAAUUAUGCCCUAAAGAAGGUACAAUUCGAGGAUCAACAUGGCCUUACCUUGAAAGUAUGCGUUUUCUUGAGAGAACUGUCUGUAUAAACAAAUCUAGUAAACGUUCACGUAUUAAUAAACGUGAAAGAUUACGUUUGCAUUCCAAGAACUCGGAAGCAAGUGAAGAAACCUUAUCGCGAUCUUCACCAUAUAACAAUUAUCAAUACAAUGAGACCAUUAUUGAAUAUGAAGAACUAACAACUUCGAGCUUCGAGAAAGAAGCUUUUCCGAUUUUUCAGAACGAAACUGAAUUUAAUCACGAACGGAUGUUAAAUUAUGAACGAAUGGCAACAUUAUUUAACAACGUCCCCAACGAAAUUAAAGACCAUAUCGAGCGCAGAAUAAUGACUUACUUAUGCAAGUGUCAAUUGCGAGCAAUAGCAAAUGAUGGUAUUGCCGACAUAGAAAUUUGAUCCCAAUAAAACAAUAUAUUAAUAUAAAUUA